AUGGAUCGUUUGGUUGCUUACAAAAAGGGACUCACUACAUGGUCCAAGUGGGUUGACGCUAACAUUAAUCCUAACAUCACCAAAGUAUUCUUUCAAGGCAUCUCUCCCACCCACUACGAUGGCAAUGAAUGGAACGAAACCAAGUCAAACUGCAAUGGACAAACCCAGCCAUUAAUUGGUAAGACAUAUCCCGGAGGGUCACCACCACCAGCGGCUGUGGUAGAGGAAGUUUUGAGUAACAUGGAAGUCCCUGUUACACUUCUUGAUGUGACAACAUUAUCACAGCUGCGAAAGGAUGGGCAUCCGUCCAUUUAUGGAAUUGAUGGGGAAAAGGGAAAUGAUUGUAGUCAUUGGUGUCUUGCUGGGGUUCCAGAUACUUGGAACGAGCUUUUGUAUGCGAUUCUUGUCUCUCGAGUGGGGACAAACAAUAUGGAGCUUCGGUCGAUAGUGAAAAAAUAA